GCCACCGACGUAGCGAAUACGAGCAAGGCUGUGUCUGUGGCACCGCGAACACGGUUCAAGUGCCCGACAACAGAUGGUCCUGCCAUGGGGCAGGAUGCUUCGUAUCGAAGAUUGAGUCAUCAUAUUCUGCCUCGCACCCAUCAUUUUCCAGGACGGCAAGGCGGAUUUGCGGUUUGACGCCAUUGUUCAAAAGUGGUGCCUGAAGAUAGAGGCAGCAACCCCGGAUUGUCCGUUGCCCUGACAACACACACUAACCCGAUAUAGAAGGCGACCGUAAUCAACGUGACUUGACCUCCCUCGCCGUACUCUGCUCUCUUUCCUCUGCUCUCUGUACAUAUCGUCGCCAACCCUCUGCCUUCCCUCGCCAUAUCGUGUACGAUCAAGCGGCAGAGCACGUCCAGCAAACAUGAGUGCAGCAAAGCCCCCUCAGCCGUCCCUUUUCCAGGUUUACCUCCGCCUCCGCCCGCCCAUCUCGCAGCAGCAGGAUGACCACGUUGAACGCUGCUUGACAGUCGAUGUCCCGGAGGCAGCCAAUCCGGUUGCAGAUAAUGGUGAUGGGUCUAUGCCAGCUGGUCCCACACAAAUCAUUCUUCAGCCUCCAAGUGAUGUGCGGAAGCGUGCUGUAGAGAAGUUCGGCUUCACCAGGGUCUUUGAGGAAUCUGCGUCCCAGUUGGACGUCUUUGAAGAUACCGGCCUGGAGACUAUCAUCCGAGGCGUCCUGUCGGAGGGAAGAGAUGGCCUCGUGGCUACACUGGGUGUGACGGGAAGUGGAAAGAGUCACACAAUUCUAGGAUCAAGGACCCAGAAAGGUCUUACUCAGAUGAGUCUCGAUGUCAUCUUCAAGUCCCUGGAAUCAACAAUCAAGCCGCCCGACAAUUCCAUCAACCCCAUCCUCCUCUCGACUGUCUCCGCGUCGGACCCAUGUGAAUCCCAGAUGUUCACGGCACAGUCGUUCCUGGAAGCCGUGUACGGUGAUCCCGCCGAUCGUGGCAGGAAUUCUCGAGCCCAAACUCCCAUGAGCUCCGGCAGAGCUCACACACCCAUGGCGGAACCCACGCCGGCGAUCAUCUUCCCUCGCCGAAAUAUGCCUCAACGCCCAAAUGCCUUGCCACGAUCUCCCGAUGUCGGCCACCUCACUGUGGAUUUGAACCCUCACUCGGAAUACAUUGUUUUGGUGUCGAUGUACGAAGUGUACAAUGACCGCAUCUUCGACCUCUUGUCGCCAGCCGUCGUUCCCGGACAAGGAAGCACCAUGUCACGCCAAGGCGGAAAUGCGCAGAAAGACCGAAGAAGGCCUCUGUUCUUCAAAUCCACCGAAGGAUCGCCUGACCGAAAGGUUGUCGCAGGUCUGCGCAAGAUUGCCUGCGCUACCUAUGAAGAGGCGCUGGCGAUCCUGGAUAUUGGUCUGACCGAGCGUAAGGUCACAGGGACUGGCGCUAACAGCGUCAGCUCACGCAGUCACGGAUUCUUCUGUCUUGAAGUUAAGAGAAGAAUGCGCAACAAGAGAACCGGCGAAGAGACCUGGAUUGGAAAUACACUAACGGUGGCGGAUCUUGCUGGUUCCGAGCGUGCUAGAACCGCGAAGACCGCCGGAUCGACUCUUGCUGAAGCGGGCAAGAUCAAUGAGAGCUUGAUGUAUCUCGGACAGUGCUUGCAGAUGCAGAGCGACAUGCAGGACAAGAACAAGACUGCGUUGGUACCCUUCAGACAGUGCAAGCUUACCGAACUGUUAUUCUCCAACUCCUUCCCGUCCAACCAAGCAUCAGGACCGACUCGCCAUCCUCAGAAGGCCAUCAUGGUAGUGACCGCCGACCCUCUGGGAGACUACAAUGCCACUUCGCAAAUCCUGCGGUAUUCUGCGCUGGCUCGGGAAGUCGCGGUGCCCCGAGUCCCAUCUAUCUCCGAGUCUGUGUGUUCCAGCUCCGUCGAAUCAUACAGGCCAUCUGCCAGUGGACGCAAUUCCCCCAACAUGGCCACCAACGAAGAACUGGAAAGCGCCCUGGCUGAGAUCGCCCGUCUCACGAAAGAGAACGGCAAUCUUACCAUGAAACUCGGCGAGGAGGAAAUCAUGCGAGCCGAGUUGGAAAUGAGGCUGAGCGCCAGCGAAGAGCACUGCCUCGAGAUCGAACAGGAGGUGCGUGAAGAGUGCUGGGCCGAAAUGGACGAGAGAAUGGAGGAGGAGAGAAGAAGGUGGCAGACUGCCUUGGAAGAACAGGCCGACCACAACGACGAGCACAUCGACAAGAAGAUCGAACUCCUAUCGCGGGGCUUCCAAAUCCACGAAGACCCCCCAUCUUCCCGAGACGACCGCACCGAAGAGCUCGAAUACGAGAAUGAGCGCCUUCGCAGCAAGAUCGCCGCCCUCGAGCGCGAACUCACCAGCCAAUCCCCAACCAAGAAGUCCAAGGCCAAAAAGCCCCUCGAGUCCACUCGCACCAAUGCUCUCGGCCGUGAAAGCGACAUUGACCAUGCCCUGAAGCGAAUGGAUCAGCUGAAGCUGGCUGAUAGCAUGUUCUCGCCUACCCCGGCAUCCACAGGCUCUCCUGGCAAGAAGCAGAGAAAGAUGGCGACGCGCAGAUGGGAUUUGGCUCCGGAAGAGGAGAUCUAAUGUUGCACUCUAACCUUGUUUUUCUUUCUUGACUCUUUUGUAUAAUAUGGGAGGCGUUUUGGGGGAUUUCUUCGUUCUCAGUGAUACCACGUUUUGUUCUUUAUGAAUAUUUUUCUUUAGGUGAAUUGUCAAUA